UACUAAUAACUUGAUAACUUGAUAACUUGAUAGCUAAUAAGCAACUUUAAUAUGAUCAGUCUUUUUAUUUUUAUUAAAUACGUUUUAUCAUCAACCAGACAGGAAUUGAUUCCAGAAAAGGACCAUCCCAACUGAAAAUGACGCAGCACGCCUCAACCUACGCCCCAAAAUUCCCACGUGACUAAACGUAGCGCCCACGUGACUACACGUAUCGCCCACGUGACAAAUAGUUAGCAUAUUUGACUUAACGUCACUUCAACAAGCAUCAUAAUAUGUUGAAAUAUAAAUAUAUGAUAGCAGAUGUAUAGUCCGCCUAGACGACUAGCUCUUGCCGGGACUGGUGUAAAACAGGUCGCCAGUUUUACUACUAUUAAUCCUCUCUGCUUAUCAGUAUUUAGUGUGACGUUAUUCAGUUGUUAUAGUGUUAGAUUUAUUGUUGGGUUUUGGUUUAUAGUUUAAUAUCCGUCACGCGUGGAUGAUCACAUUUGAUAUCCGAUCAGCUCAUUUCAUCACAGAGCUGUUUUUGCAAGAGUUUUAAUAUGUACGAUGAUGCGUCACGUUUUGGCAGAAUUCCAGGCUUUUUAACUCAUGUUCAUUUGUUUUAGUUACAGAUGAAGCAGAAUGUCGAUGUUUACUACUCUCUUCAUAGCAACCGCGUACCUUAGUCUCCGACUCGUUGUUGGUAUCCGACUGUCAGAGUAUCCUCCAGAGUUUCUGAUCCUCCCCCAAGACAGUGAACUUACUCUCACCUGCCGAGUAGAGGCCUCUUCUACAAACCCCUCCACCGCCCCAGACGCCUCCUCCACCUUCCAAGACUCCACAGCUACAAAUCUAUCAGAGUUAGAUCUUGGUUCCGUUGGUAUUCAGUGGUUUUAUCAGCAGACUGCAGACGGUCAGGAGUGGUUUCUAUUUGAGUCGGAGGUACUGGAGUACUCGAGCGUACAGACGUCAUACGAGGGAUUCUACUUCUGCAAAGCUGUUUUAAACGACGAGGAGUUAGUGAGAAGCAAUGUCACCCGGCUUAAGAUUGCAUAUCUAAAGGAUCGCUUUCUGAAAGUACCAGGACAAGUGUACACUGUGGAGGGCAGCACUGUAGAGUUCGAGUGCACACCUCCUGCUAGCUACCCACCAGCCAAUGUUACCUGGCAUAAGGACACCAAGCCUAUAUCAAACUCCCGAUCGUACAUGGGAUCAAACUAUACGCUAGUAAUAGUAGGAACACUGCCUGAAGAUAGCGGUAAUUACCAGUGUAUUGCUGACAACUCUAUCACAAAUGAAACAAGGACUAGUCUAGAGGGAGAACUUUAUGUUACACAAAGGAUUGACAGUGACGUUGACGAUGACUCAGAGAAGCCUUCGCCCUCAAUAGCUUCAUAUUAUACAACAGUAAAAGAGGGAGAAUCGGCUAGUUUACUUUGUGCCUUCCAAGGGGUCCCUUAUCCCACCUACAGGUGGUACUUUUCUAAUAAAACAGAGAUCUCUGAUGUCAACACCACUUUCUCUUACCAGUACGAAAAACAGGUGCUGCAGAUGAACAGUGUAACCCGGGACCUAGCCGGCUUGUUUCUGUGUCAGGGAACUAACGUAGCAGGAUCUAGUGUCAUCAACAUAACCCUCUUUGUGGACUACUCAGAGGAGCUAGGAUUUGCUGAAGAUUUAGCGGAGGAGAUGGUUUUUACACAGGGCAAGGGAAAAACAACAGAGAUAAUUUGCAAGGGGGAGGGUACUCCUCCGCUUGAUAUCAGAUGGUACGGAGAGGAUAACACCCUCUUGAGCUCGGACCCCAUCCUACAAAUAGACCUGAGUGAGUUACAGAACAUGUCAGCUACGUGUGUCGUAGAGAACAAGAACGGGACUGUCAGGCAGAGCACCAGGGUUACGGUACUUGCUGACGAAGACACCACGGAUCCUACAAAAGGAGUGGUAGCUACGGUGGAGUGUUACGGAGAUAGGAUGGUACUGUCUCUGACUGAGAGGAGGAACGUUGCUAUAUUCCACUUGUUUGAUAGUGAGUGCGAGUUUCUGGGGGAGUCCCAAGAAAUCGUAACACCUUUAGAAAGGUGUGGAACAAAAGCUUACUACAACGACUCUCACAUUAUUUAUAAAAACCAGGUAACAGGGGUGGCUAACGGUGGGGUAACAGGGGUGGCUAACGGUGGGGUUGAAAGUGGUAGUCUGAUUAGCAGAGGAGAUAACUUUCACAUUACCUUCGAGUGUGCUUAUAAGAGGACAGGGAACACGGACAACGUAGCUUGGGAAGCAAGGGGUCAGAUCACUGUAGACAUUAAAGGAGCUGGCUCCUUCACAUUCGUUCUGGAUCUGUACGAGAGUUCUAACUUUACUAUGAAGAGGGACAGUAGUCAGUAUCCUGUAGCAUUGAUAUCUCCGGACGAAAAUCUUUCUCUGCAGAUAGCAGAUAUUAGAGCUAGUGAUAGCCCGAGUGGCAGUGGAGGUUCCUUCGCCUACAGCCUUGUAGAAAAUGGGUGA